AAUCCCCUCACACAGCCGUCCGUGUUCCCCUGUCUCCACGCUCCUCCGUUCCCCCCUGUGAUCGUGUCUCCGCCAUCCUCCUCUGCCCCGGUUGAGGCCCCCCCGGUCCUCCCUGAGAGAAGCUCCUCCCCCGCCACUUGCUCCGGUCCUCUUCACCUCAGAAGCAGGAGACGGCCGCCAUUUUGUCGGCUGGCGGGAGAGUGAUCGGCGCCUGUGCACCCCCGGGAGAGCGGCCCGUGUACACCGAGUGGCCCGGAGCAGCAGAGCAGGGGCCCCCGGCCGCCCGCAGACAUGUACAUCAAGCAGGUGAUCAUCCAGGGCUUCCGAAGCUACAGAGAUCAGACCAUUGUGGAUCCUUUUAGUUCUAAGCACAAUGUGAUUGUGGGAAGAAAUGGAUCUGGCAAAAGUAAUUUUUUCUAUGCCAUUCAGUUUGUACUUAGUGAUGAGUUCAGUCACUUGCGCCCAGAGCAGCGUCUGGCUCUGCUGCAUGAAGGAACAGGCCCUCGGGUCAUUUCGGCUUUUGUGGAAAUCAUAUUUGACAACUCCGACAACCGUCUGCCGAUUGACAAGGAGGAGGUUUCCCUUCGAAGAGUUAUUGGGGCCAAAAAGGAUCAGUAUUUCUUGGACAAGAAAAUGGUGACUAAGAACGAUGUUAUGAAUCUAUUGGAAAGUGCUGGUUUUUCUCGAAGUAAUCCAUACUACAUUGUAAAACAGGGAAAGAUUAACCAAAUGGCAACAGCCCCAGAUUCUCAAAGGUUGAAACUGCUCCGUGAAGUUGCCGGGACCAGGGUAUAUGAUGAGCGGAAAGAAGAGAGUAUCUCGCUAAUGAAGGAAACUGAGGGUAAACGGGAGAAGAUUAAUGAACUGCUGAAAUACAUUGAGGAAAGGCUGCACACUCUAGAGGAAGAGAAAGAAGAACUGGCACAGUACCAAAAGUGGGAUAAGAUGAGGAGAGCCCUGGAGUACACCAUCUACAACCAGGAGCUGAAUGAGACCCGGGCUAAGCUUGAUGAGCUUUCGUCAAAAAGAGAGACAAGUGGUGAAAAAUCAAGGCAGCUGAGAGAUGCACAACAGGAUGCCCGGGAUAAAAUGGAGGAUAUUGAACGUCACGUACGAGAGAUGAAGUCAAAGAUCUCUGCAAUGAAAGAAGAGAAGGAGCAGCUAAGUUCUGAACGACAAGAGCAGAUAAAGCAAAGGACCAAACUGGAGUUGAAAGCUAAGGAUCUGCAGGAUGAACUGGCUGGGAACAGUGAACAGCGGAAACGUCUUUUGAAAGAAAGACAGAAAUUACUGGAAAAGAUUGAGGAAAAGCAGAAAGAGCUGGCAGAGACAGAGCCUAAGUUCUCUAGUGUUAAACAGAAGGAGGAAAAUGGCAUUGCAAGAUUAGCACAAGCCACCCAGGAAAGAACAGAUCUGUAUGCCAAGCAAGGCCGUGGCAGUCAGUUUACAUCAAAAGAAGAACGAGACAAGUGGAUUAAGAAGGAACUGAAGUCCUUAGACCAAGCCAUAAAUGACAAGAAACGGCAGAUAGCUGCGAUACACAAAGAUCUUGAAGACACUGAGGCAAAUAAGGAGAAAAAUCUUGAGCAAUACACUAAAUUGGAUCAAGAUCUAAGUGAAGUAAAAGCUCGAGUUGAAGAACUGGACAAGAAGUACUAUGAAGUGAAAAACAAGAAAGACGAGUUACAGAGUGAGAGAAAUUACUUAUGGCGAGAAGAGAAUGCUGAGCAGCAGGCACUUGCCGCUAAGCGAGAGGAUCUAGAAAAGAAACAGCAACUUCUUCGAGCUGCAACAGGAAAGGCUAUAUUGAAUGGCAUUGACAGCAUUAAUAAGGUCCUAGAGCACUUCAGAAGAAAAGGCAUCAACCAACAUGUCAUUAAUGGCUAUCACGGGAUUGUCAUGAACAAUUUUGACUGUGAACCGGCUUUCUACACUUGUGUCGAGGUCACUGCUGGCAACAGGCUGUUCUAUCAUAUUGUGGAAUCAGAUGAGGUCAGCACCAAGAUCUUGAUGGAGUUUAACAAGAUGAACCUUCCUGGAGAAGUGACGUUCCUUCCUCUCAACAAGCUGGAUGUGAGAGAUACAGCGUACCCAGAGACAAAUGAUGCUAUUCCAAUGAUUAGCAAGUUACGGUACAAUCAUCGGUUUGAUAAAGCUUUCAAGCAUGUUUUUGGAAAGACUCUUAUAUGUCGCAGUAUGGAGGUAUCCACACAGCUGGCCAGGGCAUUUACAAUGGAUUGUAUCACCCUUGAAGGGGAUCAGGUCAGCCAUCGGGGUGCACUGACUGGUGGUUACUACGAUACAAGGAAAUCUAGGUUGGAACUGCAGAAAGACGUGCGCAAGGUAGAAGAUGAGCUCCAUGCUUUGGAGGCUAAACUGAAUGAGAACUUGAGGAGGAACAUAGAGAGGAUUAAUAAUGAAAUCGACCAGCUGAUGAAUCAGAUGCAGCAGAUCGAAACACAACAGAGAAAAUUUAAAGCUUCCAGGGACAGUAUCUUGUCAGAGAUGAAGAUGCUGAAGGAGAAACGACUUCAGUCAGAGAAGACAUUCAUGCCAAAGCAACGUAGUUUACAAAGCUUGGAGGCCAGUUUACAUGCAAUGGAGUCAACCCGGGAGUCGCUAAAAGCCGAGCUGGGAACAGACUUAUUAUCUCAGCUCAGUCUGGAUGAUCAGAAAAGGGUGGACGCUCUGAAUGAUGAGAUCCGAAGUCUGCAGCAAGAAAACCGACAACUUUUGAACGAGAGAAUCAAACUGGAAGGAACAAUCACCCGUGUGGAGACCUACCUGAAUGAGAAUCUGCGGAAGAGAUUGGACCAAGUGGAGCAGGAACUGAAUGAGUUGAGGGAAACCGAAGGAGGGACCGUUCUUACAGCAACUACUUCAGAACUGGAGGCCAUCAACAAACGGGUGAAGGAAACAUUGGCUCGGUCAGAUGGUCUUGAUGUUACCAUUGAUAAAACCGAAGCUGAGAUAAAAGACCUUGUAAAGAGUAUGGAUCGGUGGAAAAAUAUGGAGAAGGAGCAUAUGGAUGCCAUUAACCAUGACACAAAAGAACUUGAGAAAAUGACCAACAGGCAAGGAAUGCUUUUAAAGAAAAAAGAGGAAUGUAUGAAGAAGAUACGAGAGCUGGGCUCCCUUCCUCAAGAGGCCUUUGAAAAGUAUCAAACCCUAAGUUUAAAACAGUUAUUCCGUAAAUUAGAGCAGUGUAACACUGAGCUGAAGAAGUACAGUCACGUGAACAAGAAAGCUCUGGACCAGUUUGUAAACUUCUCAGAACAGAAAGAGAAGCUUAUCAAGCGUCAGGAAGAGCUUGAACGUGGCUACAAAUCCAUCAUGGAGCUGAUGAAUGUUCUGGAACUUCGCAAAUAUGAAGCCAUCCAGCUGACGUUCAAGCAGGUGUCAAAGAACUUCAGUGAAGUGUUCACAAAGCUAGUGCCAAGUGGUAAGGCCACACUGGUGAUGAAGAAAGGAGACGUGGAAGGAGGCCAGUCUCAAGAUGAAGGGGAGGGCAGUGCGGAGAGUGAGAAGGGUUCCAGCUCCCAGAGCAGCGUCCCUUCUGUCGACCAAUUCACUGGCGUCGGGAUUCGGGUCUCGUUCACAGGGAAGCAAGCGGAGAUGAGAGAGAUGCAGCAGCUUUCUGGUGGUCAGAAGUCUUUGGUGGCGUUGGCUUUGAUUUUUGCUAUCCAGAAAUGUGAUCCUGCUCCCUUUUACCUUUUUGAUGAAAUUGACCAGGCUUUGGAUGCUCAGCACAGGAAGGCCGUGUCAGAUAUGAUCAUGGAACUUGCAUCUCACGCACAGUUUAUCACAACAACCUUCAGACCUGAACUGCUGGAAUCUGCUGAUAAGUUUUAUGGAGUAAAAUUUAGGAACAAGGUCAGUCAUAUCGAUGUGAUCACAGCUGAACAGGCCAAGGACUUUGUGGAGGAUGACACGACCCACGGCUGAUCGCUGCCACCUCCCCCGGAGGACGUUGUACAAAGUGUUACCUGUUGUUAUAUUUGCAACAGGUUCUGUAUAUUUAAAAACUGUAAAAUUUUGCGCUCGUCUACUCUUGUUUUAGGAGCUGUUUUAAUAUGUUGUAGCGCAGGUUUUUUUUCCUUUUUUUGUACCAUGAAUUUGCGCUAUUUUGUCUAUAUGACGCUGUUUUAUGUAACUGUUGCCUUCUACUGCCCUGUGAGCGAUUUGCCGUGUUUUUAUGCUUUACGAUUUACAUUUCAUGCCUCGUUUUUACUGUUACUGCUUUGUGUGAAUCUUCUUUUAAAGUAGCGUCAAUAAAGUGUUGAUUUUACGGCUUUGGUAAAUAAAGAGGUUGUACGAG